AUGUUAAAUCAGUUCAUAAACAGCAAAACCGACGCCAAAAGUGGUCCAAACUUUUCACUCAAAGCGCUUACCAUUGGAUACAUACUCGCGAUCACCGCAUGCCUUACCGCCAGUGCCUCGACGGACCGGACGGGCGGUCAGCACCAGCAGCACCUGUACGCGAACGGCGCCGCCUUAUACCCGAUGUCGCCCGCGAUCGCCAGUCCCGACCACUGCUACCGGGCCUCCCGGUGUCGACCGCUCAACACCUCCCAGUGCCUCGACGUGACCCUCACCUACAAACACACGGCCAGCGCGUUCGAGGGGAACGGCAUCCUGGGUCCGGACGCCACCAUCGCGUGGGGCGACAACGCGCACGACAUACACGACUACCUGAGCCGCUGGAAAGGCCUCCGAUCGGUGCCCCAGUGCUGGAAAGCCUUACAGUCGGUGCUGUGCGCCAUCUUCUUCCCCCGUUGCGACGACAGCACCGGUAGGGUCUCCCUCCCCACGCACGACAUGUGUCGGCUCACCCGUCAGCCCUGUCGCCUCCUGGAGCAGCACCACCACUGGCCCCCAUGGCUCCGGUGCGAUAACGACACCCUAUUCCCCCACAAAUGCAAGAACGACUACACGGACCUCAAGUUCCAGACGGCGCCGGGAGUCGCGCCGGCGUCCAAGUGCUCGCUACCACUCGUCACCACCGAUGACACCAAUAUCUGGUACCCGGGUAUCGAGGGCUGUGCCCUCCAGUGCCAGAAUCCCGUGUACAGCGCGGAACAGCACCGGCGUGUGGGGGCGUUCAUCAAGUUUGGCGCCUGGAUGUCGUUGAUCUGCACGGGUGUAGCCGUACUCACGUUCAUCAUCGACUGGCACUCCAGCAACAGAUACCCGGCUGUUAUCAUCUUCUACCUGAACCUGUGUUUCAUGAUUGCGGACACGGGUUGGUUGGCGCAGUCGGUGCUCCAUAGCGGGCACCGGGAGAUCGUGUGCCGGCCCGACAACACGUCGAGGUAUGGCGAGCCGGGCAACUCACCCGACAAUCUCUACUGUUUGUCCACCUUUUUGUUGGUCUACUACUUCUCGAUGGCGGCGUUGGUGUGGUUCGUGAACCUGGCAUACGCGUGGGACCUGUCGUUCCAGGCGAACGGCGCCUCGCACCGGGAGUCCGUCAACGCUAAGGUGGCCUACUUUCACCUCACGGCCUGGAGUGUGCCCCUCAUGCUCACCAUCUCUAUACUAUUCGUCGGAGAGGUGGACGGCGACUCAUUGCGCGGCAUAUGCUUCGUAGGAGUGGUGAAGCCGACGAUGCGGGCGGUGUUCGUGUUGGCGCCGACAUCCGUGUCCCUCACCAUUGGCUGCUAUUAUAUGUUCAAAUCGAUGCUAACUCUCAUUAAAGUCAAACUCAUCACGAGAUCACAGACUACAGAGAAUCGCAAUAAAAGCAAAAAGAUUGAGCACAUGAUCAUCAGAAUAGGUUUGUUCGUAUUGUUCGCUAUGAUGGCAGUGAUAGUGACAUACGUGUCCCACAUCUACGAGUUCACGCAUUCAUCGCAAUGGAAGACAUCAUUAAAUGAUUACAUAAUAUGUACACUCAAUAUGACGGCAGCGCUGUAUCCGUACGACUCGAGCGCCGACACGUCCGGCGACAUGAGCGCCAUAUCUAUCGGUGCGGACGACUCGGUGCACUCAUGCAAACUCAUCGACCGGCCGAACCUACUCUACGUCUACGUACAACUGGUGGCCGUAUUCGGGGCGGGCGUAUGCGCCUCCUCGUGGGUGUGGACGGGGAACUCGUUGCGCGGGUGGCGUCGCUUCUGGCGCCGGCGGCUACGGCCCGACCACACGGACCCCAUACGCAUGAAAAGGGCCGAAAUGAUAAGCAAAGUGUUUGGGCGCCGGCAUCAGCUCUCGCAGGGCUGUUACUCGCCGUCGUUCCACUCGAUGCACUCGGAUCCGGUGGCCAUGAAUCUCAACAGCGCCGUCAGCCAAGACCUGUCGGCCACGUGGGCGGCAGCCCUUCCCAACUUCAUGUACAGACGGGGCGCCAUCGCCGGCACUCAGGACCCCCAGUCCCACCCGAACCACUACUUGCCUAACUUCGUGGGCACCCGGCACUCGUCCAACAGCGACGUGAGUCAGCAGCGCUCGUACGACUCGUACCGGCGCUCACUGGACAGCCAGUACUCGCUCGAGCAGUUGGAAAUGGUGGCGAUGGACAGACACCAGCGCCGCAAGACUCGGAAGGAGAGGGAGAAGAUGCUGAAGAAGUCGAACCCGUAUCACAACCACCGGCGCAGAGGCAGCGAUACGUCCGGUAGUGUCAUAUCGACGGCGCUGGCCGUCCGCGCCUUCCAAAAGGCGGCCAAAUCCGAGUGCAAGAGCACCAGUACUCGCGAUCUGAUGCAAUUGGAGGCCAACGCGGCGGCCACAGUCUUACCGCAACUCAUAGCCAACCCAUUCAUGACGCCUCCCAUGUGCUCGCCCUCGGCGUUCGCACUGCCGGCGCCCCCGCACUCGACCCUCUCAUAUAUGCCGCCCGCAGUCGUCCCCCAACGGCCCAAAACGAAGCUCACGAACAGUGCGCUCACGAACUUCACGUUCACUCACGGAAUGUCCGACCAGUCCUCGCAACUCACGAACCCAUUGCUGGAGAAACGCCGGCCCGACAGCUGUCUGCCCACCGGUGGCGGCGGCGGUCAUCGCAUUCACCACAAUCUCAGCACAGCUAACAGCGCGCUCACAGUACAGCAGCCGCUGAACACCACUCCCAACGGUACGGUGCAAACGGCGCCGGCCGUCAACUACGGGCUCACGUAUAUGAACAGCGGAAUGCCGUUUAUGCCGAACCCGCAGUCACUCAACUACUUCACGCAACCCAUGAACGCCUUUUACGGCAACCUAUUAGUCAAUAAUCAGACGCAACAGUCGUUCCCCAACUUCAUGGCGCCGGCGUUCGGACCCUCACCGCUGCCACCGCCUGGCCUACCCUAUCAGUACCCGCCGUACCCGCAAUACCCGCCCUUUCCCGGGCAACAGUGCGCCACCAUUCAAGACAUACAGGCGCUGAUGAGGGAACGGGAGGAGCACCUGGCGCUGUGUCGACCCCUGGAGAGCGCCAGCGAAAGCGAG